AUGACAAUCGAGUUGAAGCGAGGAUGGCAACGCUCCCUCGGCUUGUGCGCGCGUGUGCGUCCGUGUGCGCGGACAACCGUUGUAACAUCGAGGACGAAACUCGAGAGUGUCGCACUGUCGGCCGUGCUGCCGCGCCAUGCGGAAGUCCUCCUCGUUACGGCCGAGGUAACCGACCUGGGCGCGGGGUUUCCCAGCCUCCGCGACCACGAACACGACUACGACGACGACAAAGACGAGACCGAGGACUACGACGACGUACGCGUCGUCGAAGAUCCCGACGCGAUCACGACGGGCCCGGACGAGCCUCCCGAGGCUCAGACGACCAAUAUUGAAUCGUCGAAGAGCCAAACCCGCCUCGCUGAUCCAACUAACCCUACAAAUACCACCAAUUCUCGAUAUGACCGGGAUAACGAGACGCGGGAUGACGACCAACCGACUAACGCUGUCAAUCAGACCUCCGAGGAGAAAAUCACUCUUCGCAACUGGAGCGACAUGCCUCGACACCUACAAUUCAAUCCGCACAUCAAAACGGGCUACCGACCUCUCACUACUUUCGUCGGUUGUAUUCUCAGCCUUUUUUAUCUCCACAAUGAAACUGUCAACAUCUUAACUCACGGCCUUGCAAUUCUUUACGUACUAGUCACGGUUCCGUAUCUUCUACCAUGGAGUGCCCAGGGAUAUUUUACUGGUUUUCUUUCAUGGUGCCAUCUGAUCGGCGCCGUCAGUCCCUGGAUCGGUUCGUUUCUUUACCAUCUCUUCAUGAACUUGAACCACGGCGAGGCAGUUUAUAUGAGGCUUCUCAAACUCGAUAUGCUCGGGAUUUGGGUCUGUCAGAGUGUGGGCGCUAUUCCGAUGAUCGCUGCUUCGGUUCACUGUCUACCGAGCGUAUUGUGGCACCUUUGCAUAAUGGCCUACUGCUGUCUGAGUCUUUGGGGACUGUUCAAGGCAAUGAGAGCAAAAUCACCGUGGGAAAGACGUCUUUGUUUCUCGCCCCCGUUCAUGAUGCGAAUGUUCUUUCUAGCGCUGAGAUGCUUCCGUAUAGGCGGCGGAAACCCGGAAGCCCUGACUCACAUACUGCUCCAAGAUCUCGUUGCGGUGAUAGGAGGAAGUAUCGGUGCUCUGAGGAUACCAGAAAAGUGGCUUCCCGGACAAGUCGACAUUGUCCUGAAUUCACACAAUAUAAUGCACGUAGUGGUCGUAAUAGCCGUAUGGUCGAUGCACUCAGCAACGGUGCAAGAUCUCGUUUGGAUGACCGAUCCUUCGGCUUGUGGCGCGCAUAAUGUUUCCCGAGUUCCGAGACACGACGAGCUCUGAGACUCCUUUUCCAAGGGAUGGUAGAAAUUUAGGGCUACUCAGCGUAUACAGUCAUCGAAUAAAAACGAAAAGUUGGAUCCAAUGAGAAUUUGCGUAUGCAAUGAGAUGAAAAUCCGAUGAAAAAGCGACCACUUUGAUGGAAAUCUUGAUAUCGUUAUUUUGAUAUUCUUUAAAAAUUUGCGACAGAGUUCGAACAAUCCGUUCAAAUGGAUGUGAAAAUAUAUAUGAUUCAAAAAAGCACGCUUUCUAUGCGCGAUUCGUUAUUUUUUAUAAAUCAUUAUUCGAGAAAAUAUUCAAACUAUUUGAAACAAUCGUGAAAUUGAAAAACGUUGCUUAUGUAUUUUGUAUAUCGGGAUCUAACGAGUGAAACUCUCAUCAAUCAAAUUUCGCUGACUCUAAAACUCCAACGAUUUUUCCGGUUCAGUUAAAAACAUAAAAUUGAAAAAAUAAAAACCAAAUAUUAUUGCACGUCGAAAGAGAAACGUUUAUCAAGUUGCACCGCUAUUCGGUGCAAGUGUCACGUGAUUUUUCCAAUGAUAAUAUUUUCGGAUGACUCUCUUCAAAGCUUAGAAAUUUUGCCUCACUGCGAUAUUUUUCCUAAGAAUAAAGUUUCACUAUAAGAUUUUUCACACUGAGCUGUAUGCACUGGACGAUUUUUUCGAAAAAUUGAUCCCUUGAAACUCUUCAGAUUUUACAGGACAAAAAUACUGUCUAUCAAUUUGUCUGAUAUGAAAAAAAAAAAAAACAUUUCGUGUAAUUAUUCAUCUCUAAGAAUUUAUAAAAUAUAAUUUUAUUACUAAGCUCGUCUUAAACUGAAGUGAUUGCAUGAAAAAUAUCCCAGUUGAAUAUAACGCCAUGAAAAAAGUUCUAAAAAAGGUUUGAAAAUUUCGUGAUUUCUAUACAAAUUUCCUCUCUAUGCAAACAUAUCUGAAAUUCGCAACUUCCAUCGAAUCCAAUUUUCGGUAAUAACAGUAUACGUCGAGGCCCCUUCGAGCCCAAAGAGAUUCGGAAGAUUAAUUGUAAAUAAGGAAUUCCGUAAUAAGAGGACAAAAGAAUAGAUGAAAAAAAAAUUGGGCGACCAUCCAAACGUGACAGAAAAUAAGCAAAAAAAAUCCGAAGCAAAAGUUGCAAAAAACCCACCGAGCGCAAUGCCACCCACAACCAACUUCCAGCCUUCGAGCCACGUGGAACUGUGAUUCAAAAAGCAUAGAAGAUUGAUCUUCGGUGCAAUCUGUGAUUAAAUUAGGGAAAAAAUAAAAUCCAAAAAAAAGAAGUUAAAACCAAGCAAAAAGAGGGAAUGAAAAAAUGUUACGAUGAUAGAGUUAUAGGGCGGUUAUAAUGGGCGUCGCGAGACGAUGUCCUUGUGUUGGCUAUUGAUGGGAUCCAUCGAAAUUAUUUAUCACAACAUAGUACGUUCGCAUGUAGAGUUAUUGAUCUAGGAACAAAACAAAAAGCAAAAACAUAAUAAUUAAAUAUUGAAAAGAAAAAAGAACAUAAUAAUGAUGAUGAAUUAAAGAAAAAUAAAACCCUUUAACGCUCUAGGCGAAUUAUUACAGAUAUACAAAUGAUCGAUAACGUGGAUUGAGCGAACACACGGAUGGGAGACGAGGAGGACUCCUCUUAGUACAAAAGAGAAGCAUUUAGGUCGCUAUUUGGCCGCACACGUGUCCGUCUAUUAAGACGUUUCGACGAAUCUCCAAUAAAUAAUUUUAAAAAAAUAUGGAAAAUGGAGAUGUGGUUGCAAAGGGUUAAUAUGUACGUUGUUGCGAUUCGUCACCGUCAGCCUGAGCCACGUGAUAAUUGCGGCCAAAUCGAAAAAGCGAUCGACAAGACCAUUUUAAGCACAUCAAAAAUAAUUAUCAUUUAUUGUAACAUUGCAAUAACGCAAAUACAUCGUGUUCUCGUUGGUUUACGAAUAUUUGCAACAAACCAGUUUUAAUCAGAUAAGCACGUGUGAGAUGAAAAAAUAAAAAUGUAAAAUGAAGAUGAAAUAUACCGUAUAUAAGCGCUUCCACGCUAUCGAGACCCAAAUUGUUUAGAGAAAAUACAAAAGUUGUUUCUAUAAUCGAUCAUUGAGAAAGAGAAAGAGGGAGAAAACAGAAAAUACGUUCUUGUGAAUUUUCACGUCGCUUCGUCGAUCGCUUAGUUGAAUUAUGUCUAAUAGAAAAACAAACUAUAAUAGCACUAUUAUAGAUCGUCGAGGUAUCUUAACAGAGUGUAAAUUUUUAGGCAAUUGUUGUUGUCCGAUCGUGUUUGCGGAGCACACGAGAAAAGAAAAUUUAAACAAAGAAAAGAUCGUCAGCAGCGGAUUCUCCAAUUGCCGCAAAGCCGAUCGUUCAAGCAAUAUUUUAUACUUCGAUAAAGCGUAAAAUUUAUUGAUUACGAAAAAAAAGACGUAGUAUUAAUACGAGACUGCGAUCGCAAGGGAAAAAUGUAAAGGAACAAAUAUGACGUAGAUACAGAUAAAAUUUAUUCCUUCAUUCCUCCUCUUUCUCUAAUAUUUCAAUUUUUCUCGCUAAAAAAACGAUAGUUUUCAAUCUCGGCUUCACACCAAAAUAUUGAAAUUGCAAAGGAACGUACAGAGAAAUUUUUGUUCAGCUGUUGGCGCAAGACAAGCUCUCAGGACUGACCAAAAAACGAUGUAAAUGAAAUAAAAUCAAUUUUCAAUUCCA